CUCAUAUUGGCGAAUGGGAAACAAAGCAGUGUUGCUGGUGCAUAAUAUGACAACCAUGUCGCACCCUCAAAAAAUGGCGACUUAUCACAACUGACGUUCUCCGAUUGGCCAGAUUUAAAUUUCCGGCGGGUUUCUUCCUGUGCUCUGUGCUUUGCAAAAAUAACUUUACUUUUUCAGCAUGUCAUUUCCUUAACAUUUCAUUUUAAUUAAAUAAGGUCCCUAUUAUGUUAUAUAAGCCAUAUGCAUUUUGUUCGGAGUUGUGAAGUAUAACAUUGUGAUCCAAGUCAUUAGUCAGGCUUCUGGUAGAUCCUGAGAAAGAUCAGAGAUGUAGUGGUUACUCAUUUUAGAAAUGUAAUAUUUGAAGAUUGUACCUGUUUGUAUCUCCACAUCACGCUUUGAACAGUGGAGCUCCACGAAAAGUUCAACAGCUGCCAUUGUCAACCCCUGAGGUCCUGAGAAUUAUCAGAAGCUCAGAGAUUACUUCUGGUCUAACCAAAAGGCUCAGCUCUGAAGGAUAUUUGCAGAACACAACGUUUAUACUUCAGUCAAGGAACUCUUGAAGAAACCAACUACAUCUCAGAAAAUGCAACUUCUAUGUAUGGAAUUGUGGUCUAUUAUGCUGCAGAUUGCUUACCACACCCCAGCACUGAUACCUUUGGACCAUUCUCUAGUCCAUCGAAGUUACUCAGUGCCAUUGAUAAAUUAGAAUUGCUUGGUGGCAAAGGAGAGUCUCAUGCCAAUCUUGCAGAAGGACUUGCGACCGCGAUGAAUUGUUUUGAAGAAUUACAACAAAAAAGAGACACAACUGCAACAACUCAGAAGCAUUGUGUUCUAAUAUGUAACUCUCCACCAUAUACUCUGCCUGUUUUAGAGUCCCACUCUUAUUCAGGAAAGACUGCUGAACAGUUGGCUACUGUACUCCAAGAGAAUAAUAUAAAUCUUUCUUUGGUAUCAUCAAGAAAGAUUCCAGCAUUGUACAAGCUUUUUGAAAAAGCUGGUGGAGACUUGUCAAGCUGCCAGAAUAAAAACUAUGCAAAGGACCCUAGACAUCUUGUUCUGUUGAAAGGUUUCAGCCUGAAAGAACGUCCCCUGAGUCCACCUCCUGGCAAUGUGACUCCAGGUCAGUCUCAGAUUACUGGAGGUACACCAACCGGUUUGCCCAUGACGUCAAUGCCAAGUCCACUGCCUGGAAGUGACAGUCCCAUACCUGGCAGUAGUCAGAAUUCUGCAAUGAUGGUUAACAGUGCAGGUGCUGGGGUAGCUCCAAAUCAAGGAGCUAUGUACAGACCGCCAGCAGCACAGGGUAUGAACCAGGGCAUGGUGCCUCCACAAAAAGGUGUCGUCAAUGUUGUUGGAAGAAUGAUGGGCAACCAACCCAUUCCCAUCAUGCAAGGCCAAGCACCACCUUAUCACACAACGGGUCAUGUAAACAGGGCAUCUCCUCACUGGACUAUGCCCCCACCAUCUCAACAGCCAAGGCCUUACUUGCAACAACCCAACCAACAGGUGAACACGACACAAGGCAGUGCAUUGAUUGCACAACUUACUCAACCACCAUCGUCGAUAUCUGCAACUGGAGUCAAUCAAUUUGGGCAAAUGACUGGGAAUUCGCCCAUCAAUAAGAUGAGUAUGGCGCCGCAAGGCAAUAUGCAACAACCAAUGCCCCAAAAUCAACCAAAUUUACAACAGUCCAUGACUCAAGUGUCUCAAGCAAACCAGGUGGCUACGUCACAAGCACAGAAUAUGCCCCAAGGACAGCAAUCGCAAAUGGGCCCUGUAAGAGAGAGGCAUACUAUUUGGCAAGGACUAUUGGAGUGGAUAGAAAAACCAAAAAACACCACAGAUCAACAAAAAAUUACCAAACAUGUCCCUUGUCAAGUAUCGGCAAAUUCCAAAGAUGGGGAACCUGAAUUGAAAGCAGAUGGCUGGCCUCAAAAGCUCAUAAUGCAGCUAAUGCCCAAACAGCUGAUCGGGAAUAUUGGCGGAAUGUAUUUGAAAAACUCCAAGUCAGUAUUGUUCCAUCCCCAGCCCUGUGAUGCUUUGGAAUCUCUCACUAGGGUCAUGAGCUCAGGCUUCGCUGGAUGUGUUCAUUUCACUAGUGUUCCAAACCCUUCAUCUUGUGAUAUCAAAGUGCUUAUUCUUCUUUAUACCGCUGACAAAAGAGCUUAUUUAGGAUUUAUACCUAAUGAUCAAGCAGCUUUCGUCGAAAGACUGAGAAAGGUUAUUCAGCAACAAAAGGCAAAUCAAACAAAACAGGGUGUACCACCGGGUGGUCCAAUGAACCCAGGUCAAGUUGGUCCCGCCCAACAAAUGGGCGGUGCUAAUCCCGUCACAUCGCACAAUUCUCAACAACAGAACAUGGUGAUUUCGCAGACCAACGCAAUGUCGAUGGGCGGAGGACAGAUCACGCAAAAUGUCAGUUCUGCUGGUCAGAUGGGCCAGCCUAUGGGUGGGAUUAUUGGACAAAAUGUAUCACAAGACGUGCAUCCAGGUAGCGCAGGCCCCGGUGGGAUGCGCCCCAACAUUCGCAUGCCGAACCCUGGAGGUCCCAACAGCGCACCGGGAGCCCCUCAAGGUCAACAGAACCCAGGGGGUGGUCAACCCGGAGCAGCGGCGGCGGCAGCAGCAGCAGCGGCCGCGGCAGCCGCAGCAGCUGGCAUGAUGCCUCCGCAGGGGCAACCAGGACCCCCGGGGGGUCCAGGGGGCAGACCGUUCGAGAACUUGCUCGAGGCCGAGCGUAGGCAGAACCUGGAGAAGAUCAAUCAGCUGAAGCAAACGUUGGAGGCGGCACAGCAGCAAGAACAGCAGUACAAGAGCCAGCUGGAAAGGAUCAGCCACAUGAAGACGUCGCAGCUGCAGGAGGCGUUGCAAAUUGCACAGCAGACGGAGAUGCAGUACAAGUUGUUGGAAAAUCAACAAAGACAACAACAGAUUACAAAUCAAGGCAAUCCGCAGGGUAAUCCAGGUCAAAAUCAACCGAGGCUAAUGAGACCUAUGCCAAAUAACCCUGGACUCAGACAUCUUUUGCAGCAGCAACCUCAAUUCCGUCAAAUAAUCAAUGUCCAGCAGAUGGGUGGUAAUGGUCCAAGACCUCAGAUGGGCCAACAGAUGCCAAACCCAUCGAACAAUCAGCCAAAUAGUUUCGAAGACGUGGCCAAUUUCGACUUCAACAAUAUGAUGUAACAUUUUUCCUUCACCAAGACAGGAGCAGUUGGAAAAGGCUUUGAGCCCGGUCUGUGAGGUUUUUUAAAUGUAUAAGCCACAUAUCUUUUGUGAUGUGGCAAUGUGGAGAAAAAGACAUAGCUUUGAGUCGAUACUGAUACAUUAUGCAUGCCUAAUUUUUAGAGAAAAAGGAGACCUAUCAUUGGUUAAAGCUACAUAAUUUACUUUUUUAUACCCAAUCAGGUUCUAAGGUACAAUGUAAAUAUCGAGGUACUGUGGCUGCCAUAAAUGGGUUGAAGAGAAUUUAACACAUUGACUACCAAUGAUGUAUUGAUUUUUCUUCCUUAAUAUACCGUAUGUAUCACCGGUGCGAUGAUUUCUUGGUUCAUUUGCGGACCAAAUGUAUCACCGGUGAUAUCGUGCAUUAGUAUAUUUAAUGGAUUGUUAGAGCUAAUGGGAUAUAGAGGAAGGCAAAUAAAUUAUGACAAUGGGUCACAGGUGAACGAAAUACAUUGUAGAAUAAGUGGGUAUCACCGGCGACUCACGUUUGUAAAGUUAAGCGAAUUGGAAUGCGAGGGUACUUAAACUAAACAAGAAAUAUUUUUACAAUUAAUAAUUCUUAAGAGGGGUUUUCACGAUACGAGUACACUCGGUCCGAGUGCGCGGUACGAGCUAAAUCGUAUAGGAGUCUACUUAGAUAGUAGUCUACACGUUCCGAGUUAAAGCAGCCUCCGAGUAGCAUUUAUUUCAGUUCGUUAAUGUUAUCAUGUCGACUAAUUUAUUGCUACAAGGCAUAGAAGUAGUGGCAGAUAUGCUUAUUUCGGAAAUAGAAGGGCAACAAAAACCAAGAAAAAAAAGCAAAAGAAAGAUUUGGACCCGCAAGUGGAUUUUACGGCGUAAUCAACAGGGUGCAUCAAAUAAUUUCCUUUGUGAAGUAAACAUAGAAGAUCAGGAUACCUAUAAAAAUCAUUUACGAUUAAACAGCACACAAUUUGAAUUUCUUCUCAAAAGAGUUGCACCAAAAAUACAGAAGGCAGAUACUCUUAUGAGGGAAGCGCUACCAGCAAGGUUUAAGCUUGAGAUAGUUUUGCGUUAUCUAGCUACUGGUGACUGCUUUCGCAGUUUGGAGAGUAACUUUCGGGUUCCAAAAUCCUCGAAAUCCCAGUUUCUACCUGCAGUGUUAGAUGCUAUUUACGAGGCAUUGGAAGAAUUUAUACAGGUCAGUAAGUACAAAUCGUAUUAAUUAUUUAUUCAAGUAAAUACACAUUUCUAUUGGGUGAGGAGUGAACUAAUUUUUGUGAUAGCUACUUCUGAUAUGUUAUUUUCCAGGAUCUUCAGGCACAGCAUCUUCACUAAUAGUCGGUAUGUUUCUUAUAGCCUCUUCUAAUAUAUUCUCUGCUCGAACGUCAUUUUCAGACCCUGUUGCCUGAAUGACAGUAUUUGGUGGAGUAUAUGUUUUUAAAACUCGAAUGGGAAUAUUUUGACCAGCAUCAAAUAUAUCCACAUGGUCUGGUAUUUCGAUAAAGCAUUCAGAUUGUGGUGAGUAGCUAGAAGAGCUAGUCUGCUGGAGAAUAUGCUGCCUUUUCAUUCUUAAUAAAUUUAAAAUUUCUGUCUGAGCAUCGAGAGCAUCGGUUAGUGGUAGUUGUCGUAGUUGGCUAGCAAUAUUUUUGCCAAAAUAAUAGAACUCGUCUUCUACUUCUCUAUUACACAGAGCUUGAUUUUUAAUUGACUGGAGUGUCUCGAUUGAUUUUUCAAUAUGUUGAGGCAAUGGUCUCUUUGCGCGUUUCCUAGCUGGAUGCGGGGGUACAGUAAAAUGGCUACUAUUAGGCGAUGGAUGGGCACACAAAUCUGAGGGAGGGCUGGUAGGUAUAUCCGGUGAAUGUGGUAUAUCUGGUAAGACUGGCACCUCUUGUGAAGGGAUUUCUGAUAAUGCAUCUGGGGAAGGGAAACUUGACUCGUCGAAUUGCACCUGAAAUAAAAUAAAACUAAUUUUAGGUUCGUUUGUAUGGCUUACAGGUUCCGAAAACAUACGUGGAAUGGGAUGUUAUAUCAAGAGGGUACAAUCAUCGUUGGAACUUUCCUGGAUGUUGCGGCGCACUGGAUGGAAAGCACAUAAACAUAUAAAAACCAGAACACAGUGGAAGUGAUUUUUAUAACUAUAAAGGUUACUGUAGUACUGUUCUCUUAGCACUUGUAGACAGUAACUACUGUUUCACAUAUAUGUAUAGAUGUGGGAAGCCAAGGCAGAAUGAAUGACGCUUCAAUUUUCAGUAACUCAAUACUGAAAAAGAAAUUGGAAGAUGGCACACUGAAUUUUCCUUCUUGGGGUGUUAUAUUAGGAGACGAAGCAUUUCCGUGAGCAUGCUAUUUGAUGAAACCCUAUUCUCGUAGGCUGCCUUUGACGGACGAAGAAAAAAUUUAUAAUUACCGACUUUCUCGAGCGAGAAGAAUAGUAGAAAAUGCCUUCGGAAUAAUGGUAUCAAGAUUCCGUAUUUAUCGUACUCCGAUAUAUGUAUGUCCAGAUAAAGUAGACAAAAUAGUAAAGGCAACUUGCGCAAUGCAUAAUUGGCUAAUCAAAACAGCUUCGCGAUCAUACGCACCUGUCGGCACUAUGGACACGGACGAUAGAUCUGGUGCAUGGAGACAAGAGCUUAGGUCUAUUUAUAUUGCAGAUAUGCAGAAUCAAGGCAGUAAUAAUUAUUCCCAGUUAGCAGAACAAAAAAGAAGCAACUAUAAAAAUUAUUUCAUUGGACAAGGUGCUCUCUCAUGGCAAAAUGACAGGAUAUUUUAGGCAAGCAGUAAUACUUGUAAAAUAAUAAACCAAUAAUAUGAAUGUAUAUCUUGUUGUUUUAUUGUACUUAUGGUUAACUCAUUGAUUGGACAUAAAUGAGAAAUACUAGGAAAUCAUACCAUCGAAUAUAGUAGGUAUAUGAUCAAAAACCAGCUUUUCUUUAAGCAGUUCCACUACUCGUUGUAAAAAGAAGCAUAGACCUUGUCAGUCUAUUUAAAACCCACUUGAUCAAAAAGGACAAACUUGUGCAGGAUUAAAAUAAAUAAAAUGGCAUCAAAACUACAUUUCUCUCUCUAGGAUGAAGUUACAAGUAGUACUUACCAGAUUUUGAAAGGUUUUUCUCGGCUUAAUAAUUUCAGACAGAAAUCUGUCGGCUAUUUCGAACCAUGGGACAGAUGGUGUAUAUAUAUCGUCAGCCCCCGAUCCAGUUCCUUGUGACUUUUUAAUCUUCAUCUUUUCUUGUGAAUACGUGCUACGUAUGUUAUUUAUUUUUGUAUUGAUAUCCUGGAUGGUGGUGCCUUCUAUAUUUAAGUUAUUUAUAAUGCGCUGCAGAGCAGCAUUUCUUGCGUCUUUAUUCUUGUAAGAACUAAGUCUUACGUUCCACAAUACCUCUUCUGCUUCAUACAGCUCAACAAACUUCAGUGUAUCGCGCUCGCUCCACCUUUUUUUCCGAAGCGGUUGCACAUUUACAUUUGACGCCAUUUUGAUAUAACCGCAAUGAUCCGAGUCAGCUCGGAAAAGUAGGACUCGGUCCGAGUGCACUCGUAUCGUGAAAACCCCGUCUUAGUGGAAUAUAAGCCUAAUACGCUACUAAGAACUAUCCAUUUUAAUUGAUGGAAACAAAUAAAUAUCUCCCACUAAUGUAAUAAUAAUAAUAAUAAUGCCUUUAUUAGCUGUAGUGAGGCGAAGUUUAGCCAGACGGCUACUCUUACACCCAACCCCACAACAGGAAAAAAAUACUUAAACACAUAAACAAAAUAAUAACAUACAAAAAAAAUACAGUUCAUAAGAAUUGCAACAUUGACUGCACGAGACAAAUGCAGAUAGUAUUGUGAGAGUUUUAAAUUUGAAACAAAAAUAGUAGAAAAUAGUCAAACAAAAAAAAACACAUGAACACAAGAAAAACUGAACUAAAUGGACUCCAGCAGCUGACUUUUCGUUAAUUUCUUAAAAGAAGCAACCUGUUUGGAUCGAUCGCCACUGUUUACUGCAUUGUAAUGCUUGUUAAAAUUAGCAUUAAAGGCAUUCAGCCCACCCCCCCAAAAAAAUUAUAUCCGCAAGGUGGCAGUACAAUGACGAAAUUCAUGAUUAAAUCGAACGCCUGGCCCACUGGGCUCUGAAGACGCCUACCCAUCGCCGUGUGAUUACACAACGUUGCCAGAACGGCACACUGGCCUAGUCAUCCUGCCGGCGCCAGGCUAUAUGGGAUUUUGGUAAAUUGUCACCCUUUCAUAGAACUACCCGUCAACUUUGACAGCCUGUCAGUUCGCCAGUCUUAGAAAUGUUAUAUUCUAGAAUAAAGCACUAGUAAGAAUGAGGUAGCACCUGACCUCUCAGUCCAUUUAAAAAAUGUUCCAAAAUUAUUGCACCCAUGAAUUUCAGCUAGCUAACAUGACCCGUUCAAACAAAAAGUAGAGGGACCAUUGAAAAGCACUGUAUGUAUAUAAGCUACUUUGAAAAAAUAGACAUCAUAGGUAGUAUAAGUUUAUUCACAUAUAUACAGUUUCAGUGGACCCAACAAUCCAAAUGCAUACAUAUAGACAAAUAAACUUCAAAAUCAGACUUAAGUAUAUAUACCUGCUAGAUACAGAUAUGAACAUCCCUACUAAUAUUAUAAAUGUGUGUGUGUUUGUAUGUUCCGUUUUCACGCCAAAACGGCUGAACCAAUUCCGAUGCAUUUUGGAACAGAUAUAGAUUAGACCUUGGAGACGAAGGGGUUGAAAUGGGGGUAAAUGUGACCAUGUGCAUCAAGAAACUAUUAAUAUUUUAGUUCGUGAUAUAAAUAUUGUUUUUUAUAUAUAUUUGGUUCAUACAUAUAAAUUAAAUGAGCACUGACAAAGCAAUUUUGGAAAUUCCACCCCCAAGCAAGGGUUGAAGCGAGGUAACGCCCUUUGUACUGAGGAACCUAAGCUAUUUCAAAUAGCCCAGAAGUAGGGGGUAUCUUUUGUUUAUAAUUUUAUCUAUAAAAUAAACUGACAUUAACAAAGGCUUCCAUAAAUGAUAUCCUCCAGAUGGAGAAGGGAGGGGGGUGAAUAUUUCUUAUCAGCUUUUUGAUUUCUUGUCACCGUUUUGAUAAAUUUAUCUCGAGAACUAAGACAUACAUAUGUAUAUAAUAUAUAUUUUCAAAGAAUUUCAGAAUUUUAAAAAUUUUUAGAAUCUUCAAAAUUUAAAAAAUUUGUAAGAUUCUCAAAAUUUUACAAAUUUAAAACCUCAAAAUUUUAAAAAUUUUCAUGAUUUUCGAAAGUUUAGAAAUUUUCAAAAUUUA